AUGUACUUCCUUUUCCACGACGUCGUAAUACAGUCGAAUUCUGUCUUUCUCUGCAUCGAUUCCUCAAUCACUGCUAUUUACUAUUCAGUGUCAACAAUCAGCUGCCUCAUAAUAAUCGACGCAAUGCACAACAACAGCAUUUCGAUCCCGGUUUCUGAGUCCGAUUCCGACGACCCCUCGGGUCGUACGCGGGUUCGGGUUCGCCGGAAGCGCAAGAAACAAGGUCCUCGUGGUAAGACCGACUUGACACGUUGGGUCAUAACUAAACUCCUAAAAUGGUGGCCAGUCCUGCUCUUCUUCCUUGCCGCUGCACUCCUCACUUACGAGGCCUCCAAAAUCGCUGGAGGGAAGCCGCCGAGUUCACGAGUCAAGAAGUCGGAGGUGGCGACUCGGAAUGGUGAUAAGCCGCAGGGGAAUUUGAACCGGCUCGAUCCCACUACCCGUGUUGUUGGGGGUGUUAGAGAACGCUGUUUGAAGCUCCUUCCUCCUGAAGAACUUGAGCAUUUAGAUAUUCCUAUGGACAAAGAAUCUGGUAUUCCUAUCAAGAAAGUGCUGUACAUGACAGAGACUGAAAAACCCGUUGUAGAAGGGAACUAUAACCUAUCUAGACAGCAUUUUGUUGGUACAAGGUUUAAUUCGUUCACAGGAAACCAAACGCUUGAACAAAGAGAGCAAAGUUUUAAGGCGACUGAAACUGCUGGAAUCCACUGUGGUUUCUACAGUGACAAGGGAGGAUUUAGGAUUUCUGAUGAAGACAAAAGCUACAUGCAGACUUGCAAAGUUGUGGUUUCUACAUGUGCAUUUGGUGGUGGAGAUGAUCUUUAUCAACCUAUAGGAAUGUCAGAGACAUCACUUCAGAAGGUUUGCUAUGUGGCAUUUUGGGAUGACAUUACCCUUGCCGCUCAGGAAGAACAGGGACAUAAAGUUGGUGAAAACCAUUUUAUAGGGAAGUGGCGCAUUGUAAUUGUCAAAGAUCUACCUUUUACAGAUCAACGAUUGAAUGGUAAAAUCCCUAAGAUGCUGGCCCAUCGUCUUUUUGUUAAUGCUAGAUAUUCCAUCUGGGUUGAUUCAAAGUCCCAAUUUAGAAGGGACCCUUUGGGUGUGUUGGAAGCCUUACUUUGGCGUUCGAAUUCAGAACUUGCAAUUUCAGAACAUGGAGCCCGCAGUAGUGUGUACGAUGAGGCAAGGGCUGUUGUUAAGAAAAACAAGGCAACCCCAGAGGAAGUCGAGAUCCAAAUAAAACAGUAUCACACGGAUGGCCUCCCAGAGGACAAAAGAUUUAACAGAAAGAAAGCUUUAGCUGAGGCUUCUAUAAUCGUGAGGAAGCAUACGCCAACUACCAAUUUGUUCAUGUGCCUUUGGUUUAAUGAGGUGGUUCGUUUUACUUCUCGUGAUCAACUGAGUUUUCCUUUUGUUCUCUGGCGGCUCAAAGGAUUAAGAAACAUCAACUUGUUCCCCGUCUGCACUCGAAAAGACAUUGUGAAUAGCAUGGGUCACAUACGUAAGGCUAAGCCUCUAGGUAACAGGGCUAUCAUCUUCUCUGGCCAGUUCUUAUCUUUUCACAAUUAUAGUUCAUUGCGUCCAGUGGUGAAAGCUUACCUUAUUAUUAGAGAAAGGCUUGGUCUAUCAGAUGUGAACACGCUGUGCUUUACGGGGAAGGAUUGA